GGUGCUAAGGAGGUAGAGCAAACUAACUUGAUAGGAGAUGGAGGUGAAAAAGUCAGCAGGGGCUCUGUAUAUGAAAGCCUGUACAGUGUAGUGGGCAGAAUAUGUGGGAGAUGGUUUUAUUGUAAAAUGCUGUUUCAUUCCUUGCUUUCGAUUUUUCUCUUGUGGCAUAUUCCAGUAAUCUAAAGCUUCAGAGGUACUGUUAGGCUUGCAGGUAGUUCCCACUGCUGCCACCCAUUCUCAGUAACAUUCAUCCUUCUGAGUAGUUUGAAGUAUAACUUCUUUCCCCAGAGUUCCCAUUUCUAUUGGGAAAUGCACCUAAGUUGCAAGUGGAGAUAGCAGAGAGUGAGAAUGCUGUUGCAGGUAUUUUACAGCUUUGCUGGCGUGCCUGGCAGCCUUUCACAGUGGUGCAGAAGGAAAGCAUCACACUGAAAUUAUCUGAACUUUUGAACAGAAGACUUUUAAGGCAGACUGCUACCCUGAGAACAAGUCAGGGCGUUGAGGUAGGGGCUUUCAGGAUGGGAAUCAUGCUUAUGUUGCUCAAGACGGACCUUUUGGCUUUCUGUGCUAAAUUCUGAACAAGGUAACUCCUCAGAAGGCACCAGAGUAGCUCUGGAGAUUCCUCUGGGAAGGAGAAGCUGGGCUGUGUGGAGCUUUGAAAACUCCAGUCCUGUUCAGAACGUGCUGGCAACUGCUCCUCUUUGUGCAGCGCCUCAGGUGAGACGGGAGCUCUGCUAACAGGGCUUCAGGAACAGGCAAACUCAUUUUCAUGGAAUUUAAUUGAAAAACACUCAACUGCAUCUUUUUUCUUACUACUUGCACAUACUGAAUGUCCAGGCGGUGUUGACAGAUACUGAGACAGAUUUAUCUUUCCUGUUUGUGUACAGAGCUCUGAAGCACUCACUGCUUUAAAAAAAGUCCUCUAAAGGUGUACAAUAUCCGCAUCUUUCUGUCUUGGCAGGCUUGUGCAGUGCUUCCAGUGGUGUGUCCCAGCAGGGGUAGGUGUCCCAGAUAGGUGAUGGGCUCUCCUCAGCGUGGCUGCCUCAGAAGAGGUACAGGUUGUCACACCACAGCACGCAGUGUGGCGUUGGAUUUUUUAAACUGGAUGAUGCUCUAUAACAUGAAUUUUUUUUUUUAGGGGGGUGGAUUGACGCUUGCUCUUAUCAGCUGUCAAGGUUGUAAUUCCUGUGGGUUUUUUAGUAGCGAAGGACUCAUGCUGGCAGCCUGUAGAGCAGGGUGAGCUGGGCAAAGUCCUGUGCUCCUGCUGGGAAUCUCUUCAGUUUUCUCACUUCCUGUGGAAUGUGGCACCUGACCCGCUUGAGUUACGUGUGUGGGAGGACGUGCAGUUGCUUUCUAAAGAACAUUGUCUUGAUUUUUUUUUUUGCACAAAAGCUUCUUUAAUGAACAAUAAAAACCUCUGUAAACUGAUAACUCUAUUGUUUCUGUGGUGUGUGCUAUUUCCUGAAGGAUCUUCUUGGCGUCCCUUUGCCUCAAAGGCAGAAGAGGGCACGUCCCAGAAUGUCACUUGAAGCUUUUGCAGCAGAGGGAGGGCGAUGCCAGGAAUCCUGAGGCUGAAUGAUAGGAUUCAGGUUUGCAUUGCAUUGUGCGUGUCCCAUCAAGCCUUUUUAUAUGGAGGGCAGCUGUGGGCUUGCCAGGGAUUGCUGCUGCUGGUCUCGUCCCUGGAUGAGCGCAAUGCCUGCUGUGAGGCAACACUAAGGUGUUGCAAUUCCCAUGCACAGGCUGGAAGGAGUUCUCGCUGGAGCUGUUUGCGAGUCAGCACUGAAGCCUGCUAUCAUUUAGUGUGGCUUUCCUGCAUCUUUGUUUCUUGUUUUUAUUUUGAUUGCAAUAUAUUUCUUAUAAAUGCUUAACGACACCAUUGUUUCAUUCCCUUGACUAAACUUACUGGUCUUUAAUACCUGUACUAGCUUUUGGUAGUGGGUUCUGCACUGUGAAAUGAAGCCUGGUUGGUUCUGACCUCCUGGGAAUACCUGCCCAGCUCUGGUCCCUCCCUCUGCUUGCAUGCUGCUGCUGAUUUUAUAAUCAGGGCAUAAAGAGGGGUGUGGUAAUUGCUGUGCGUAGGUGUCGGUUCUCACUACUUCUCCCAGCUGUUCCAAGAUUCCUCAGUCUGGGAGAAGCACGGGGAGUAACCAGCACUGAGGACUGUCUUGGGAACAGCAUGGCGAGCAAGUGGGGAGGCUGGGUGCUGAUCCUCUCCGUGUGCUUGGGGUACUACCAAGCUGGGGCCAGCCCCCUCCCUGAGUGUGGUGAGCAGCCAGAGGAUUGGUGCCGUGAUGUGGGGACGGCGGCCAAGUGUGGGGUGCUGGAGCUGUGCCGGCUCACUCUUUGGGACCAAGCAAUAGGGCAGAAAGGGAUCCCAUGCCACCUGUGCCAGGUGGUGGUGUCCAUGAUGGGGAAGAUCCUGCAGGACAACUGCACUGAGGAAAAGCUGCGGCUCUUCUUGGAUAAGAGAUGCCAGUAUCUGCCCUUCCAGGACUGGUCAGUCAAGUGCAAGAAGAUGGUGGACACCGGAGUCCUCAUCCUGGCCCAACUGGGCAAGCAAGUGCUGUCAGACCCAAAGGUGGUGUGUGGCACUAUCAAGUUGUGUCAGCCCCGGGUGGGGCGUGAAGGGGCUCUGAAGUUCCAGGAACAGCCGUCAACCCCUGCUGACCCUGCGCAGGACUUGGCCCAACUGUCUGUGCCCUUCAUCAACGGUGUCCCGCUCCUGCUCCAGCCCCAGGACCUGCCGCAUUCCCAGGACAGUGGGGACCUGUGUGAGGACUGCGCCCGGCUGGUGGCAGCUGUGCAGUUGGAGCUGAGCAAUGGGGCCACCACUGCCCGCUCGCUGGUGGCCCGUGCCAAGGAGGAGUGUGAGGGCCUGGGGCCCGUCCUGGCACAGAGGUGCAAUUACUACCUGGCCAAGUAUGCAGACACAGCUACAUGGAUGCUCCGGCACUUGCUGGCUGAGGACCCGCGGGAGCUCUGCGGCAUGCUGGAGCUCUGCCCGACAGCAGAGCCGGGACCCCUGCACACGCUGCUCUCUGAGAAGAUGGCCCAGCUCCUGGGCACGCUGUUCUCCAAUACGGAGGCCACGCCACUGUGUGAGAUGUGCGAGUUUGCUGUGCGGACGGCCGAGAGCCUCCUGGAGAACAACAUGACGGAGGAGCAGCUGGUGAACGACAUCGAGAAGGUGUGCUACAUGCUGCCGCACAGUGUCAUCGGGCAGUGCAAGGACUUUGUGGAUUCGUAUGGCAAGGCAGUGGUCAUCAUGCUGCUGGAGGCCACCGACCCGCAGGCUGUAUGCACCAUGCUGCACAUCUGCCCGCACUGGGGGGUGGCCCAGGGGGCAGAGCUGAGAGCAGCACUGGAGCCAGCUGCUGGAGCCUUCUGCAACGUCUGCCAGAUCCUCAUCAGCUACCUGGAUAACGAGCUGCUGAAGAAUGAGACGCUGACAGAACUGGGUGAUGUGCUGGAAAAGGCCUGUGAGCUGCUGCCCGGCCCGCUCACAAGCACGUGCGAGGCGCUGGUGGUGCAGUAUGAGCCAGCGGCCGUGCGGCUCCUUGUGCAGAUGAUGGACCCUGACUUUGUCUGCACUAAAAUCCGAGCUUGUGACUCAGAGCUGACCUCAGUCCCCUGCGCCCAGGGACCCGACUACUGGUGCAUCAGCAUGGCCACGGCCACCAAGUGUGACGCCGUGGAGCACUGCAGGCAGCAUGUGUGGAACUAGGAGCAUCUCCACCCCAGACCCCCCUCCUUGGGAUGCGGCCGUAGCACCAGGGAUGGGGUGUCCUGGAGGGUUCCUGCCGGGCUCUGGGGCACUCCAGCCCACUCUGCCUUCUUUUCCACCCCCGGGGCUUGGAUUUUUGGAUCAGGUUAAGGGAUUUUGUCUUGUUGUUGGGACUGGGAGCUCAGUGGUAGUCUUGUUUCAACAUCCCCCCAUCACGCUACCCACUGAGUGAAGACCUUUGGUCAUCCCCUUUUGCAUCCCACCCAGAACCGACACCAAAGCCUUGAUCGGAGCCGCUCCGUGGACUGGGAUGGGCUCUGCUGCUGCAGCGCUGGUCCCAGUUUGCUGGUGCUCUCUCAUCACGGGUCCCACGUGAUUUUUGGCAAGAGCUUUGCUUGUCUCGGUCCCAGCUGGGGCAGCUUUUUAAUUUUAUUUUUUCCCAUGGUCACCAGUUAAAGAAACAAAGCAGAUUCCAUCUGCCUGGCUUCGCAUGACUUCUGCAGUUGAUGAAUGUUGCAGGGGGGAAGGAGGAGACAUAGACUGGGUUAGAAACAUGCACGUGUGUUUUUAUAUAUAUAUAGAUGUAUUACAUAUGUUUAUGUAUAUAUAUGCAUAUGUGCUAUGUGUGUGUGUGUGUAUAUACACAUAUGCAUGCAUGUAUAUGUGUAUAUGUAUAUACACAUAUAUAUAUUUAUGUAUAUAUAGAUAGAUAGACACUGCCCUGACCCUGCUGCUUUGUCUGGAUGGACACAGCCUGCAGAAGGAUGCAAACCCAGCACUGCAGGGCUGGGAUGUGGGGUUCCCUGGCUUCCAGGAGGCAUGGGCUGGUAUCCCCAGCCCUGGGCGUGGGAUGCAACAUGGGGUCACCUUCAAUCCACUGGCACGGGAGCCUUGCUGGAAUAUACAUAUAUAGUGUGGGCAUCCCAUGAACACACAAAUGCAUGAGGUUGGGGUUUCCUUCCCAGCAAACAUCCUUUGCAGGGGAUCCUGAUGCCAAAGUGUGGCGAUGAGGCAGUGGUGUGCUGCUUGUCCUGAUUGCACCACUAAUAAAUACCUCCAUCAGCCUG